GGCCAUGCUUUCAAGAACAAAAUUUCAUUUUUAGAGGUUCGGGAAUCUGUGCUUCUAACCCACUCUUCUUCUCGAAUCCAAACCCAAUUUUAUGCUGUAAGUGUGUUAUAAUAACUUUAUUUUAUGCUAAAAUACAUCAUAAUUUUUUUUAAUUUUUUGAUUUUUUUUUCUCACAGGCAGCUGGGAUUAAGGUAAGCUGCUGUUGUUAAAUAAUUUCGGAUAUAUAUGAAAUUUUCUUAUCUCAAACUAUGAACUUCUCAUUCAUCUUGAUCACAUAGGAUCAUAGGCUUAUUGAUUAAACUAAGACUCUCUAGCUAGUAUUUUGUAUGAUUCCUUUCCUCUCAAACUGUUUAAACUUAGUUUUAAAAUCCAAAAAUGAAACAAUAUCUAAAAUUUACUGUGAUGUAUUAGUAAUUAUAUAGCUUAAUACUGUGUAGAGAUCAAAUGUGGCCUCGAAGUCCCACUGAUCUUUUCGGUUGAUUAAUUAUCAAUACAACUUUGCUAAAAAAUAACAAUGCAUGCCAGAGCGUUGUUUUCAUGGGGAGCAGCAAUGGAGAAAUAGAACUUGGCUUUUCACAGGUAGAAAUGGUAGAGGAGAUGAAACAAACAAAUCAAAUACUAUUUCCUGCUUGGGAAGAAGUUUCAUCAAUAAUAAUGGCUUCUUCUUCUGAUCAACUUCCGCCCAAUAUUAUUCCAUCUUCCCUUUCUCCCAAAUCUCCAUCCAUUGAAGAAACCCCAGAAAUCCCUUCAUUACUGUUUUACAACGAUCUUUCUACGAUACCAUUGCUUCCGCUACCACCGGACCGUUCGUCGUUGUCGGGAGGUUCGAGAGAAAGUGCUUUUGAGGAAUAUAAUGUGAAGAAGGCGGCGGUGGAAGGGGCGGAGGAGAAUCAGAAAAGGGAAAGUUUGAUGAAAAAAGGGUUAGUGUUUUAUAGAAAGUUAAAGAAAAUGAGGAUUGGAGAGAGAAUAAUAAUAGAGGCGGCCAAGCGGCCAGCGUCGGCUCAACUGAUUCAUAUGAUAGCGGAGAGGAGAAGGAGAGAAAAACUCAAUGAAAGCUUUCUUGCUUUGAGAUCUAUUCUUCCACCUCAAACUAAGAAAGAUAAAGCAUCAGUAUUGGCAACAGCAAGAGAAUACUUAACCAAAUUGAAAGCACAAGUAUCAGAACUUAGCCAUAGAAACCACAUUCUUCUACAAGCUCAAGAUCCUCAUAUUAGAACAGUACACCACCAACCAACCACUCCCACUUCAUCCCUUAACCAACAGUUUACCGUUAACGUUUCCUACGAGCCACCGCCACCAGGAUCAACAGACGAGACGAUCGUCGUAGAUUUGGAAAUAAUCAUAAGAGGCGAUAGUAGUCAGUUAAUGACGGAUACCGCAAUUCGCAUUCUUCAAUUCUUGAAGUCUAUUGUUAACGCAAGAGUAGUUUUGUCAUUUCAUGCUAACCAUAUGAUCGCUCCUUCUCCUCUUACCCGCCUCGGCUUCAGGUUUAGCCUUCAGGGUGGGGAAUGGGACGAGUCGGCCUUCCUGGAAGCAGUGAGAAGAAUUGUCUCCGACUUACCAUCACUAUCAUCAUACCAAAAUAAAUCGUAA